AUGAGUAAAGAGGAAACAAAGGAGGGAGCUAAGCAGAAAAGAUACAACGAGAGGGAAAUAAUAAAAAGAUUUCUUGUGUCAGAGAAAGGCAUAACCUUUUUAGUGGACCAUGUCAACAGAAAGAGUUCCUGCAAAGACACUCGACUCAGCAAAGAGCUGAUGGAAAAGGAGAUAGACAACCUCAUUGACUACUAUUUUGCAUGGAUACACAGCCUUCCAGUAAAGAGGAGUAUGAAAAUGAGCAGAUACGAGUUUCUGAAGUACUUGGAGGACUUCUGCAGGAAGAAUGACGUCAGCAAUUUAUUUGAGUUUUUAUUAGUUUGA